AUUUUUAGAACAUGUAGUUGGAUGUUUUGAUUAGUGUUGGGAAUUAAAUAUGCAUGUUGUAGUAUUGCGAAACGAGUGGAAAAAUCAAAACAUCUCAGUUGGUCGUGGGGGUCAACCCCUUGGUUACGCGCCAUGGCUUGUGGGCUCCAAUGGCUAUUGACGCUCCGAGAAUUCGACACGUGUCAAGAUCUAACGGCGGUGUCGUUCCCUGCAAGAAUAAAAUACGGCAUAUGCAGUGGAGAGAAGAGAGAUGUGACGAAAUUACCUUGAAAAGGAGGAAACAAAUACAUAACCAAUAUUUGGGUUUUCUUCUUCCUUCUUCUUUUCCGUAGUUUCUAAGAAACUCCGACUGUUGACGUGAGAUUUGGUAUUCUAUAGGGCAAAGUCACUGGCUUUGGUUCUUGUCCUCUGCUUAAUCUCUGAAGGACGACGAAAGUAGAAAAGGGUUUAUCACAGUCCCAUCUUCCGAAUGAGUAAUCUCAAGCUAUGCGUGGAGGUCAUAAGCGCACACGACCUGUUUCCAAGGGACAGGCCAAACUCAUGCAACCCUUUUGUGGUGCUCAAGUUCGACAACCAGAGCUUCCACACCACCACCAAACAUAGUGAUCUCAACCCUUUCUGGAACGAGUCUUUCUUCUUCGCCGUCUCUGAUCCCACCGUCCUUUCAAACCUCACGCUCGAAGCUCACGUCUAUGGCCACCACAGCCAAUCCGACAAUGCUAAGUCGUUUCUCGGAAAGGUUCGUGUCUCUGGAACAUCUUUUGUCACUCGUUCUGAAGCUUCUCUGUUGUAUUAUCCUCUCGAGAAACGCAGUGUCUUCUCCCGAGCCCGGGGAGAGCUCGGGCUGAAAGUCUUCAUCACAGACAACCCUUCUCCAAAGUCAGAAACUUUUCGAAGUUUUGGCUCGAUCCCGCCUUCAGAAACCAUAAAGCCAGAGGCUACAGUUGUUGUGAAGGAAAAAACACGUGCUUUCCGGGUUUUUGGCUCGACUCCAUCUUCAGAAACCAUAAAACCAGAUGUUACAGCUGAUGUGAAGGAAAAAACACGUACUUUUCGUAAACUUAGCCCUACCCAGAAACAGCAACAGGUGACGUUCCAUAACAUCAAACCUUCAGACAAGCAACAACCCGUGAAAUUCGGCAUGCACGAGAUGAGAUCUGCACCACUGCCUCCCAAAGUGGUUCAGAUGAACAGUCCGGGGGGUCCGUCUGAUUUCUCUGUGAAAGAGACGAGCCCUUCUCUCGGGGGCGGAUGGAUCAUCGGAGGAAGAGUGGUACGUGGCUCAGAGAGGCCAGCGAGUGGCAUUUACGACCUCGUUGAAGAGAUGAAGUUUCUCUACGUGAGAGUUGUGAAGGCACGUGAACUUCCUGCCAUGGAUGUUACAGGAGGUCUUGAUCCGUAUGUCGUGGUUAAAGUCGGAAACUUCAGGGGAGUGACCAAACACUUUGAGAAGCGGAACAACCCAGAAUGGAACCAAGUCUUUGCCUUUGCCAAAGAACAUCUCCAGUCGAACACUCUUGAAGUUGUGGUGAAGGAUAAAGACAUUCUCCUCGAUGAUUUCGUCGGAAUUGUCCGGUUCGAUUUCCGUGAGGUCCCCGAUCGUGUUCCUCCUGAUAGUCCGCUGGCUCCUGAAUGGUACAGAUUAGAAGAUAAGAAAGGUGAGAAGAAGAAGAAAUCCGAGAUAAUGCUUGCGGUAUGGUUCGGGACUCAGGCUGACGAAGCCUUUGCGGAAGCAGUUUUUUCAGACACCUUUAAUUCUUCGGACAGCUCGAGCAUUCUCUCCACGAAUGUUCGUUCGAAAGUUUAUCAUUCACCGAGACUUUGGUACCUCCGUGUCAGAGUCCUCGAGGCUCAGGAUCUUGUUGUUUCUGAAAAGGGUCGAGUCCCUGAAGUGUUUGUGAAAAUCCAAACCGGUAAUAAGAUGUUCAAGACGAAGAUCUCUCAGUCGAGAACCCUUAACCCGAAAUGGAACGAAGAGUUCUUGUUCGUAGUGGCAGAGCCGUUCGAGGACCAUUUGGUCGUAUCGGUAGAAGAUCAUGUUUCACCCAACAAAGACGAGUCGCUCGGGAAUGCUGUGCUGCCGCUGAAAGACGUCGAGAGACGGACGGAUGACAGACAGAUGAGAGGUCGUUGGCUUCAUCUGGAGGAUUCGCUCAGUGACGCCAUGGACGAAGACAAGGCCAGAAAGGUGAAGUUUGCGACCAGGCUUCAUCUGGCUGCUGUUCUUGACGGCGGUUACCACGUUCUUGACGAGUCGACUUAUUACAGCAGCGAUCUCAGACCUACUGCUCGGCCGCUCUGGAAAUCCGCCAUUGGAGUCUUGGAGCUGGGGAUCCUGAGCGCAAAUGGGCUCCAUGCCAUGAAAACACGAGACGGGAGAGGUACGUCAGACACGUACGUAGUUGCAAAGUACUUGAACAAGUGGGUACGGACUAGGACAGUGGUCAACAGUCUGAGUCCAAAGUACAACGAGCAGUACACAUGGGAAGUCUACGACCCGGCCACUGUCUUAACCAUAGGUGUCUUCGACAACGCUAACAUCGGAACCUCGAACGGAAACAACAGCAGAGACAAGACGAUCGGAAAAGUCCGUAUUAGGCUCUCAACCCUGCAGACCGGCCAUGUCUACACGCACACAUACCCUCUACUCGUACUAGAAGCUUCCGGUCUGAAGAAGAUGGGAGAGCUUCACUUGGCCGUACGGUUCACCUGCACUUCCGUAUCGAACAUGCUGAUGAAGUACACGAAACCGCUCUUGCCCACACCUCUCAGAAAAGAAGUGGAGGAAUUCAUGACGGAUGCCAGGGCUCAUCUGUUCAGUGUGAGGAGGAGCAAAGCCAACUUCUUCAGGCUGACGGGGGUUUUCUCCGGGGUCAUCUCCGUCGGAAAAUGGAUGGGUCACGUGCGCACGUGGAGAAAUCCGGUGACGACGGUCCUGGUGCACGUGCUGUAUACGAUGUUGGUGAUGUUUCCGGGGAUGAUAUUUCCGACAGUGUUUCUGUACAUGGCUGUGAUUGGGCUGUGGAAUUACAGGUUCAGACCCAGGUACCCUCCCCACAUGAACGCCAGAAUAUCCCACGCCGACAUUGCUUCUGCUGACGAACUGGACGAGGAGUUCGAUUCUUACCCCACGACCAAGAGCUCCGACGCUGUCCGAAUGAGGUAUGACAGGCUGAGGGUUGUGGCGGGAAAGGUACAGACGGUGGCCGGAGACAUAGCGGCGCAAGGGGAAAUCAAUUAUUAUAUCAUAUUCGGUUCAGUUUUUAUUAAAACAAUUUGAUUUUUUUGCUUGGUCGCAGCAAUUGUUCUCUACGUCACCCCCUUUCAGCUGGUGGCUCUUCUCACCGGAUUUUACUCCAUGAGACAUCCUAAGUUCCGCCGACGCAUUCCCUCUCCGCCUCUAAACUUUUUCCGGCGACUCCCCGCCAUGACCGACUCCCUCUUGUGAUUGAACGUAUGUCUCAUGAACGUUAUGGUUUAUGUGUGUGUAGUCGAUCCAUGUUGCAGAAUUUUGGAUCUAAUAAAAGGGAGACGAUGUAAAAGAAGAAAAUAAAAACUAGUAUUGCAUCACAA